AUGGCCGAAAUUAGAGAGAAAACACCUCUAGAGACCACACUGACGCCAGAAACGGAGCAUGAUUUAGUCCGGAAAAGAAAAUCAAAGUCGCCAUCUCUCGCGGUGGAGACUAAGCGUGCAAAAGAUGAAGAUGUGGAAUCCAACGAAGAUAUAGCAAAACAGUACAAAAGGUUCAAAGCGGCUCCCAAGUACAAUCUUAACUCAGAGGAAGUGUAUUGUAUAUGCCGCAAGCCGGAUCAUGGUGGUGAACUUAUGGUGGGUUGCGAUGGAUGUGAAGAGUGGUUCCAUUUUAAGUGUAUGAAGAUUAAUUCACAGUACAAGCAUCUCAUUGAUAAGUUUUAUUGCAAAUUUUGCCAGUGGAAGGGUGUGGGGUCCAUGCUUUGGAAUCGAAAAUGCCGUAUGCCUGGAUGCUUCCAGCCUAUAAGAAAGGCGGAAAAAUCCAAGUACUGUUCUGAGGAAUGUGGAAGAAGAUAUCUCCAAGGCAAACUUCAAGGGUCAGAAGUGUUGACGCCACAACACAUCAAAUUCGUGCUUACAUAUAUCAACACGUACGAUGAUUUAAUUAAGAUGGGUGUGGAAUUUCCUGAGCUCCCAGAAGUCCUGCCGCUUGAUAUGGAAAAGCUUCCAUUGCAUAUACGAAAUGAACUUGUUGAAAAUGCAUCUAAAGUGGAUAAAGUUCAAUCCGAACACAGUUUGGUUACCGCUCGCGAGCUGUUCCUUCCGAUCAUCAAAGAGAAGAUUCGUAUCAUUAACGAGAGACUCCAGAACACCGUAGAACCCGUGGAAGAGGAGUCAGCAAAGAAAAAGAAGAAAAAGGGCUCGAAAACCAAAAAGGUUGAUUUAUGUUGUUUCGAUAAACGUCUUGAUGAUCUUCUUACAAAAGAAGAGUACGAAAAGAUGAUACAGAGUGAUAAUAUCUAUGAGACAUUCAAGGACGAGAUUGAUGAGAUCGUGCAUGCGUACAACAAUCAAGACAACAUAAGCUAUAACGGAUCUAUGUGUUUACAGGAUCGGCGAAAGUGUUUGCGCCAUAACGGUUGGUUUGGCCUUUUAACAGACCAGGUAUGGAAGAGGCGGACAGAAUUAGAAAAUGCCUUGCAAAAAUUGGAAGAAGAAAAGUUUGAAACUUUACGUGCCUACAGUAUCCUGAGAUACGAAGAAGAUAAAUGA